AUGGACAUGGGAGGCAUGGGAGGCAUGGCCAAGCCAGCCCACGCCUGUAAGAUCUCGAUGUUGUGGAACUGGUAUACUGUUGACUCCUGUUUCAUUGCCAGAUCGUGGCAUGUCAAGUCCAAAGGUGCUUUUGCCGGCUCUUGUAUUGGUGUGUUCUUCCUCGUUUUCGCAGCCCAGUGGUUGCACAGGUUCUGUCGUGAAUUAGACAACGCCAUCGUGGCUCGUCGUCGUCAGCAAGCACUCAACGUCGUGGACACUUCAUCGGAAGACUCCAAGACCAAGUCAUACCCAUCGCCUCUUGGUUCCAGUCCAAAUCCAUACAUUUACACCCUUUCACACAAAUGGUUAUUUUUCAGCCAGCCUAACGACCUUGUUCCCAGUCCUUUAGAGCAUGUUCUCAGAUCUGUAUUGUACACGGUGGAGUGGGGAUUAUCCUAUAUCAUUAUGUUGUUGUUCAUGUACUACAAUGGGUACAUCAUUAUCUCGUGUAUCUUGGGUGCUCUCUUCGGCAAGCUCGCCUUUUCUUAUAAUGAGCCACUCACUUGCAACGACGACGAAGACAGAAAGUGCUGCAAGUAA